GGAAGUUGUAAGGUUGUCAAAUUUUCACAGAUUGACCUGACCAAAACAUGGGAAUCUUCAAACAGAGCAUAAUUUAUGCUAUUGUCCUGUUGUUCUGUCCAGGAGGGAUGCUGUGCGGCGAUGUGAGAAGAGGUGAAAAUGAAGGUUAUUACGCAUUCGAGAAAGCACCCUCUCGCUUCAUGCGACCCCCACAAGUCAGAAAACCCCCUUACAUGAUGUCUACCGUCCCCUGCCAGAUGAGAGAGAGUAAAAGGCCGAAGUACACACUGUGCGGAGAUUUGAACAAGGGUUUCAUACCCAUCAAUCCCAUGGGUCAAGAGUUUAAUGGACAUCCCUAUCCAUUCGAACUGAUUAAAAACAAGACGCUGAUAUUCCUAUCGAAAACUCUGCCCUACCUCAAAGAGGAUCCAAAAAUUCCCAAAGUCACCAAGUUUCAGACAAAGAAACAACACCAAAGACAUCGUCGAUCCAUGGAAAUGAUGAAGAAUGCAACAGAGAAUGAAACAAGCGGAAGACAGAACUGCGAGUCUGGGGGAAUACUUUGUUCGUUAUCUUCAUUGAUAUCGAACAACAAAGUUCCACUAGCUUUAGUGAGUGCCCUCACACAAAGUUUUGCUUCUUCACUCAACAACGAGGCACAACAGCAGCCUGUUGCUAUGGAAGCAUCGACUGCGGCUCGACCCUCUCUUAAUGCAGAAUCGGUGGACAGUAAUGGCGGAGGUGGAAUGAACAUGGCGGAUGCGGUUAUGGGUCUCCUGAGCACGCUCUCGAGUAUGGGACUGAUUGGGAAUGGACUUGGUUCUGUCAAAGAUUCAACUCCAACGGAAGAAGAGCCUUCAACGCUGGCCCAUGUCCUGUCAGUGUUGACAGGUGCAUCACCAGGCAGCAGCAGUGCUCUCUCCUUAGUGUUAAAGUUGAUGGCCAGCGAUGCAUCCCCUCUGAGAGGCUUGGGGAAACGGAAGCCAGUGACUGCAGACCUAGAGACGGCAGAGACCAGAAGGCCCAGUGAUGACCUGCCGCCCACGCCCUGCCCAUCGUCCGAAGAAUAUGUCACACCGACAUUUGCCAGGAAUUACCAGGGCGUGUGGAAGUACGUGGUGCAGAUACCACAGGAAGGAUACUUUACUCAGACAGUACAGCAGACAAAAUGUAUGAACAGUCGUUGCGAUUUCAUGGAUGGAGUGUGCCACGAAUCUCCAAGGUGGGUCAGCCUGUUGGUGGCCGAAAUAUAUUACCCCGACAGUUUUUCACCCACGACGGCCAUGCCACCGGUCGAAGAUUUUUACAAUUUCCAGCAAUACUUAAAAAGGCGUGUCGGUGAAGAUGACAUUGACCAAAGAGCAGCACAGAAACAUAAACACUGUGAUGGGUUCGACGCUAUCGGAUGCUAUGUAGUCAGGCUGUACUACGAUUGGUUCCUGGUGAAUGGAUCGUGCAAGUGUUGGAAACCGUCACCGAAGAGGACACUGAUGGGUUAAAACUUUACUAUUCGAAUGACCAUCUUGUCAACAGUAUUGUAUAUUUAUCUUAAUGAAUGGUUUUCUUACAAAGACAUUUUAAAAAUUCAAAACUUUUCUUGAAUGAAUGGGGGGAAGGGGGAACUAUUCAACUGACGAGUAUUCCAACUCGAAGCAAUACACUGCAGCACGACACGAUAGUGACGAAAUUAAUGGAUGAUAAUUAAUUGGUAAUAAUAAUUGCAUGUGCUCCUUCAAUCACCUUUGUAUAGUGCUACGCUGGUUAUGAUACGGGCUAAAAUAAAAUAAAAAUUUCAAACCUUUUUAUUAAAAGGGAGCUAUACCCCAUAAAAAACACUUCAUGAUUUUUUUUGCUACAUAAGUGAUUUAAAAUUUAAAGUACAAAAAAAAGUGAAUUUUGCAAAUUAUGGCAAGAUUAAAAAAGGAUUAUUCAAUGGGGAAGUAAGCCUGCUAUAAUUUUGAUUUUUAAGCAUUUGAAACUUUCUGGUUUACUGAGUGUACUAAUGAGUGAAUGAAGUUGAAACAGAAUUUGCGAUGAGAAGUUUUUCCUGCGGUAUAGCAUUCUCUAAAGUGUUUUAUUCAAAAUUUGUGUCACUCUAGAAGUUCAUAAUAACACUUUGAUAAUUCGGAGCUCUCACUAAAAUGUGGAUUCAUUAAGAAAUGAGUGGAUAGAAAAUUCAAAAGAUGCGCUGAAAUAAUAAAAAAGAUCUUCCGCUGGUCGGUACAUUACAUUGAAACACAAACAAGCUAAACAGGGCGUUUAAUGAUGGAGAACAUGGACGCCCUAUUAAUAGUGUGUCUUCGAUCGCCAUCGAUGGCCGCUCAAGCCAGCAGACACAUUCCCUUCAUAAACAAUGCUAUUUAAAUGCAUAAAAAAAAUCAUUUAAGAUCUCAACUAUCAAGAAUUUUUUAAUCACUCCGCAGUUAAAGGUUUAGUCACAUAGUGUUAGCCGCAUUACAAAGCGCAAGUUGAAUGACUAUUACUACUUUACCCAAAUCUAGACACGGAACUUUGUAGCAGUUUUCAAAAGGAAUUCAUUUUUAUGGGUUCUUUCUUCGAAUUAUGAUAAAUAUGCAGUGUCGUUCUGAAUAAGAUAAAGUGCAUCAUUUUCAAAGAAUAAAGGUUGAUUAGAUUUAAAGAAGAGCUGGUCUCAGAAAUGAAACAAUUUCUGUAGAUUUUUUUAACAAUAGAAAUCUCAUGUUAUAAAGUAGUUCCAAAUGUAAGAAAACACAUUAAGUUUUGUCUUUCUUUAUUUAUUUAUAUGUUCGUGUUGUUAUUGUCCAUAAUAAAUGUUAUAUUUAA